AUGACCCGUGACACUUAUCUUAAGCGCUCGCUCGGAACGCAAGCCAACCGCAUCAGAGAGUCCCGAGUUCUCCUUGUCGGCGCUGGCGGAAUCGGCUGCGAGCUCCUCAAGAACCUCCUCCUCACCGGGUUCGGCGAAAUCCACGUCAUUGACCUGGACACGAUCGACUUGAGCAACCUAAACCGUCAAUUCCUCUUCCGACCUGAACACAUCAAGAAACCCAAGGCCUUAGUUGCAAAAGAUGUUGCGCAAAAGUUUCGGCCCAGCGCGAAGAUUGAGGCUUAUCACGCCAAUAUCAAGGACAGCAACUUCGACGUGGAUUGGUUUGCGACUUUCAAUGUCGUCUUCAAUGCGCUUGACAACCUUGAUGCGCGGCGUCAUGUCAACAAGAUGUGCUUAGCUGCUGAUGUGCCUUUGGUUGAGAGUGGGACAACUGGCUUCAAUGGCCAGGUGCAGGUUAUCAAGAGGAAUGUGACCGAGUGCUACGACUGCAACUCUAAAGAGGUUCCCAAGACAUUUCCUGUGUGCACCAUUCGAAGUACGCCAAGCCAGCCAAUCCACUGCAUCGUAUGGGCGAAAAGCUAUCUCUUGCCCGAGUUGUUCGGAACGAGCGAGGCUGAUGCUGAGAACCUUGACUACUCUGAGGAUGCCGACAAUGUGCAAGAACUUGAAAACCUGCAGAGAGAAGCGAGGGCUCUGAGGGAAAUCCGCCAAUCGAUGGGGUCGGCCGAAUUCGCCCAGAAGGUCUUUGACAAGGUCUUCAAGGAAGAUAUCGACCGAUUACGCAGAAUGGAAGAUGCGUGGAAAACCAGAAAGGCUCCGGAACCUCUGGACUUCCGGGAACUGGAAGAGACACUGUCUAGUGUAGAACCCGGUAUUUCUUUGAAGGACCAAAAAGUCUGGACAAUCUCGGAAAGUUUGGCGGUGUUCAAAGACAGUUUGGAUCGCUUAAGCAACCGACUGAAGACACUACAAGCGUCCAAAGAUGGCUCAGCGGUGAUCGAGUUCGACAAGGACGAUGUCGAUACAUUAGACCUCGUCACGGCGAGUGCGAAUCUUCGCGCCGCCAUCUUCGGAAUCGAACGAAAGUCAAAGUUUGACACAAAACAAAUGGCGGGCAAUAUCAUCCCAGCGAUUGCAACCACAAAUGCUAUGACAGCCGGCCUUUGUGUCUUGCAAGCGCUGAAGGUACUAAAAGGUGAUUAUGACCAUGCAAAAAUGGUUUUUCUCGAGCGAUCAGGAGCUCGUGCACUCAACUCCGAAAAACUAAACCCUCCAAAUCCACACUGUCCUGUCUGUUCUGUUGCGCACGCUAAAAUCGAAGUUGACUUGUCUCGCGCCACAUUGAAUGACUUGGUUGAGGACGUACUCCGAACACAGCUCAAGUAUGGGGAAGAAUUUUCGAUCAGUACUGAGUUGGGCCUUAUCUACGAUCCAGACCUCGAGGAUAAUCUUCCCAAGAAGCUGGUCGAUUUGGGAAUCAAAACUUCAACUUUCCUAACCGUUAUCGACGAAGAUGAGCAACCAAGAGUUAACCUCCAGCUCAUCGUAGUUGUUCCUAGCGCGCCACCAUCAGACGAAAGCACUAUCGUGCUGAACAGGAUACCCGAAAUCCCGCGGAAGCCACAAGCACCUACACCUCCUCCAGAGCCUGAGACCAACGGCAUAUCAAACUUAGGGAAAAGGAAACGCGACGUUGACGAAUCGGAGCUCAACGGUGAUCCUCCCACCAAGCGCGUGGCAAGCGUCUCGAUUUCAGAUGGUGUUGACAAGGCGCAUCCCAUCGAUCUAUCAGAGGCUGAAGGGGGCGCUAUCCUCAUCGACGAUGACUGA